AUGAUCGCCACGUCGCUUCUAACACGUUCGCGCGUCGCCGCCCAUCGGUCCAUCCGAACUGCGCAGCCGAUCGCGUCGAGCUCGCGUUUUGCUUCCGCAGCAGCACGCCUUGUCACCUCUGCUAUCACCUUGCGCGCUCACCCUCGAGGUCUCGCUACACUCAGCUCCACCGAGAACGCUCCCGAGCUUCGCGCCAGCCACGUCGCAAAAUCCAUCUUUGCCCCUCUCGACACCUUCGAGGCUCGUCAUGUUGGACCCCGUGACCAAGACUCAAGCAAGAUGCUCCAGGCACUCGGAUACUCGGACAUGGAGCAGUUGGUUGCUGACACCCUCUCGCCCAGCGUUCGUCUUGCUGAAGACGCUGCUUUCUACGACCAGAUCAGGCCUCUCUCCGAGAGCGAAUUGGCUCAGCGCGCCGAUCUGAUCGCCAAGAUGAACCGUCCUUUCAAGAGCCUUAUCGGUAUGGGUUACCAGAACACCUUAGUGCCACCUGUCAUUCUGCGAAACGUCCUCGAGAACCCUGCUUGGUACACUUCCUAUACCCCUUACCAGCCCGAAAUCUCCCAGGGUCGUCUCGAGUCGCUCAUCAACUUCCAGACCAUGGUCAAGUCGCUCACCGCUCUCGAUCUUGCCAAUGCUUCCUUGCUCGAUGAAGGUACUGCAGCUGCCGAGGCCAUGAUCUUGGCUUACGGUCAGACCAAGAGCAAGCGCAAGACUUUCCUCGUUGACCGUGGUGUCUUGCCUCAGACUCUUGCUGUUCUUCGUCAGCGAGCUAAAGGGUUCGGCAUCAAGGUGGUUGCCACCGAUCUUCGCACUCCAGAGGGUCAUCGUCUCCCUCCCGCCGACCAGAUUCCACGAGACGACAUUAUUGGUGCCCUCGUUCAGUACCCUGACGUCGAUGGCCGCAUCACUGACUGGGAAGCGCUCGCAAAGGAGAUCAAGGCUUUCGGUGGUAUGGUCAUUGCUGCCACCGACCUUUUGGCUUUGACCAUGAUCAAGCCUCCUGGUGAGUGGGGUGCCGAUAUCGCUCUCGGCAAUGCUGCUCGUUUUGGUGUCCCUCCUGGCUUUGGUGGUCCCCACGCAGCUUUCUUUGCUGUUCGUGACUCGAUCAAGCGCAAGAUCCCCGGUCGUCUUGUUGGUCUCUCCAAAGACGCUCGUGGCAACCCUGCUUACCGACUUGCUCUCCAGACUCGAGAGCAGCACAUUCGUCGCGAGAAGGCCACUUCCAACAUUUGCACCGCCCAAGCAUUACUCGCCAACAUGUCGGCCAUGUACGCUGUCUAUCACGGUCCUGACGGUCUGCGCAAGAUUGCGGCCAAGGUGCACGCCCUCACGCGUUUGCUCAAGCACGAGCUCACCGAGUUGGGUGUUCGCGUCGUGAACCGCGACGGUGCUUUCUUCGACACUCUCACUAUCGACCUAACCAAGGCUGGUGUAGGUGCCGUUCGAGUUCACGAGGAGGCCAAGAAGGCCGGUCUCAACCUUCGCAGGAUCAGCGACACCCGUGUCGGUAUCACCCUCGACGAGACGGUUAGAAUUGAAGACCUCACCGACCUUCUCAACGUCUUCGCCUUCGCUCUCAGGAACACCAAGUCCGGCGAGGUGCCUUACAAGCCCGAAGACCUUCUCAGCAUCGCUUCUCGCAUCGGCCUCGACGCAUCCUCCACCGAGAGUCUCACCAUCUCCUCCCCACUCAAGACUGCUUCUUGGGACUCCUCAGACCUGCCCGCUGUCCCUGACUUUAGCCGUAAAUCCAAGUUCCUCCAGCAGCCAGUCUUCUCUGCCCACCGCAGCGAGACGCAGAUGCUUCGCUACAUCCACUCUCUCCAGGCUAAGGAUCUUUCCCUCGUCCACGCAAUGAUCCCUCUCGGAUCAUGCACCAUGAAGCUCAACUCGACUUCCUCGAUGAUGCUCAUCUCCAAGCCCGAGUUCUCGCAGUUGCACCCCUUUGCACCUGAGGAGCAGGCUCAGGGUUACGAUCUUCUCAUCCGCGAGCUCGAGCGGGAUCUCUGCAUGAUCACUGGCUUCCCUGCUGUUUCGCUGCAGCCCAACUCCGGUGCUCAGGGAGAGUUCGCUGGUCUGUCCAUCAUCAGGGCCUAUCACGAAAGCAAGGGUGAGGGCAAGCGAGAUGUUUGCUUGAUCCCGACAAGUGCGCAUGGUACUAAUCCUGCAUCGGCUAUCAUGGCUGGUAUGAGGGUUGUUCCCGUCAAGACCAAGGCUGAUGGAUCGAUCGAUCUAGACGAUCUACGUUCCAAGGCAGAGCAGCACAAGAACGAGUUGGCGGCAACGAUGAUCACCGAGCCUGCUACUACCGGUUGCUACUUCAAGGACAUCCAGGAGGCCUUCCAGAUCGUCCAUGACAACGGUGGACAGGUCUAUCUCGACGGUGCCAACCUUCAGGCUCAGGUGGCACUCACCAACCCAGCCAUCAUGGGUGCUGAUGUGACACAUCUCAACUUGCACAAGACUUUCUCCAUCCCACACGGAGGUGGAGGACCCGGUGUGGGCCCUAUCUGUGUCGCUGAACACUUGGCGCCCUUCUUGCCCGGCCACCCGCUCGCCUCUACAGGUGGUGAAAUGGCCAUCGACCCAAUCUCGGCUGCUCCUUGGGGUUCAGCUUCGAUCCUCACCAUCGCUUGGGCUUACAUCAAGAUGCUCGGUUGGGCAGGUCUCAAGAAGUCCACCGAGACUUCUCUGCUGGCAGCCAACUACGUCGCACACCGUCUAAAGGACGAUUACAAGCUCAAGUACACCGGUGACAGAGGUCGUGUUGCGCACGAACUACUCAUCGAUGUAGCUGAGUUCGAAGAUGUUGGUCUCAAAGUUAUGGAUUUUGCCAAGCGUCUGAUUGACUAUGGUUUCCAUCCACCAACUUGUUCUUGGCCUAUCUCCACUGGUCUUCUCAUUGAGAUUACAGAGUCCGAGUCGCUGCAGGAAAUCGAUAGGUUGAUCGAAGCUUUUAUUAGCAUAAGGGCUGAAGUUGAGGAGAUUCGUCAAGGAAAGAUGCCUAAGGAUAAUAACUUGCUCAAGAAUGCACCACAUACCAUUCACGACAUCACAGAGGUCGAUUGGAAUAGGCCGUAUACCAGGCAGCGCGCUGUCUACCCAGUCGACCAUCUGAAGAAUAACAAGUUCUGGCCUCCUGUCGCUAGGAUAGACGAUGCCUUUGGCGACAGAAUGUUGGUUUGCGAGUGCGGUUCUGUUGAUGAUUACCUUAACUAG